AUGUCCUUUCGACUCUCUAGUGGAUCCAGGCAGGCCUGCUCACGAGCUGGCUCUGGUCGGCUGUCUGGUGGAGGAACAGGCUUCGGGACCGGGAAUGUGUGCGGUGGGUUGGGGGCAGGAAGCAGCUUUUCUUGUCCUCUUGGGAGCGUUUCUUCUGCAGGAGGUUUCUAUAAUGGUGGUGGAGGGUUGGGAAGUGGCAUCUGUGCUGGUUUUCUUGGAAAUGAGCACGGCCUCCUCUCUGGGAAUGAGAAGUUGACCAUGCAGAACCUAAACGACCGUCUGGCAUCCUACCUGGACCAUGUGCGAGCUCUGGAGGAAGCCAACGCAGACCUUGAGCAGAAAAUCAAGGCCUGGUAUGAGAAAUAUGGGCCUGGUUCUUGCCGGGGACUCGAUCAUGACUAUAGUAGCUAUUUCUCAGUCAUUGAAGAUCUUAAAAGGGAGAUUAUUUCUAUGACCAUCUGUAAUGCCAGCAUUGUUCUACAAAAUGACAAUGCCAGACUGACUGCUGAUGACUUCAAGCUGAAGUAUGAAAAUGAGCUUGCUCUAUACCAGAGUGCUGAGGCAGACAUCAAUGGUCUGCACAGAGUCAUGGAGGAGCUGACCCUUUGUACAACCGACCUGGAGAUACAGCGUGAAACACUCCAUGAGGAAUUGACAUACCUCAAAAAAAAUCACGAGGAGGAAAUGGCGAUCCUGCAGUGUACAGCAGGGGGGAACGUGAACGUGGAGAUGAAUGCAGCCCCGGGAGUGGACCUCACUGUGCUGUUGAACAAUAUGAGGGCCGAAUACGAGGACUUGGCCGAGCAGAACCGCAAAGACGCGGAGGCCUGGUUUCAGGAGAAGAGUGCUUCUCUGCAAGAGCAGAUUUCUGACGAUGAGGGAGCAGCCACAGUAGCCAGAAAUGAGCUGAUGGAACUGAAGCGCAAUCUGCAAACCUUGGAAAUAGAACUUCAUUCCCUCGUGGCCACGAAACAUUCCUAUGAAUGCUCCUUGGCCGAGACGGAGGGCUACUACCACCUUCAGCUCCAGCAAAUCCAGGAUCAGAUCGGGGCAAUGGAGGAAGAAAUGCAACAGAUCCGAACGGAAACAGAAGGCCAGAAGCUGGAAUACGACCAGCUUCUAGAUAUCAAAAUAUUUUUAGAAAAAGAAAUUGAAACUUAUUGCACAUUAAUAGAUGGAGAAGACGGAAAAAACAAGUCCACAUGUUGCAAAGCAAAAGAGUGUGGGUCCGUAAAUUCCGAAAAGCAGAUCAAAGAUUCAAAAGAAGAACCUGUUGUCAAAACAGUGGGUGAGGAGCUAGAUCAACUGGACAACAUCCCUUCACUGAGGGUCCACUCAGUUGAAGAAAAAUCCUCUAAAAUAAGCAAUAUUACAAUGGAACAACAUGUACCUUCGAAAGGACCAUGA